CCAGCACGCCCGCGACCCGAGUGAGGAGAAAUGGAUGGGUGGAUUUACUGCAAGGCCGCGUCAUCGCGCAUAACGAAACGGAACUAUUAGCAGGAACGUCGUGUCCCUGACUGCUUUUGAGUCGUGACAUUCGUCGCCAACAAUCACGAGUUUCGAUUUGAUUAGAAGUGGCUUCCUGUGUCCAUUCGUCAACGAGUCAAGGACGGGUGAGGCGCAAUCUUCCCACAGUGGGCUACAAACUGCCUUUCAGUCAGACGUCAGGGACAAAUGAUAUCGAGGUGGCUCCGGAACGCCAAACAGCCGCCUGUCAGUCAAGACUCGGGUACGUCUUGUUCGUGUACGUUCACGUGAAGUGUCAGUCAGCAUUUCGGGAUUAAUCUCCCCAAAGACUCCGCGACGUUCGAUCGAGUUCCCUUUCAGUCACAAAUGAGGGGCAAACGUAUACCGCCGCUGCCCCGAGCAAGAGCCGAGCCGCGUCGCGUCGCGUCGGGUGGCCGAACGGAAGGCUCCUUUUUCGGCAGGCGGCGAGGUGGCGGUUGUGGUUCCGGUGCCAUGUCGGAGCAGUUCUGAGCCGAGAGCUGCGGACGCAGGACUUCCUGCUGCAGGCCCCGCCCCCGUGUCAGGCGCCACGUGUUGAGAAGCUUAAGCGAGCUGCUAGCGUGACCUCCCCCAAGGAGGAUUUGUGUCGGCCGGCUGCUUGGCUUUCACCGGACGACCGCGACCUCACUUUUGACGCUUUUGGGGUUCUCGCCGUCGUCGCUCGCCCGCCGGAACUCUCCCAUGUGACCUGCGGGUGACCCCGCCCACGGCCGACUUCCUGAAGAAGUUGUUCACCGCAAACGAGAUGAAUGGUGACGAGUCGCCAGCCUUCGCUUCCGCCAUCUUUGGCUCGGCCGACACCAACGGCCGUGACGCUCCGGAUGCUCGCCGAGCUCACGCAAACGCCGAGUCCCGUGCCAAAGCUCUCGUCGGAAGCGAUCGAGUGUAUUUCCUGCACUCGUCUUCCCGUCAUGACAAGAGACGGCAAAGGCAAGCGUGGAGCGCAAGCGGCAUCGACAGCCAGACCGACGCGUCCCAGUACCAAGUGGAGCACCUGAGCACGUUCGUGUUGGAGCGCAAGGCCGGUCUGCUGACGGUGGAGGACGGCGUGCGACGUCUGCGGCUGCUGGACGCCAAAGGGAAGAUCUGGACGCAGGACAUGCUGCUGCGGGUCCACCGCGACAACAUCGGCCUCGUGGACUCCGACACCAAGUGCGAGCUGGAGGUGUUCCCGCUGUCUUCGGUGCAGCAGUGCCAGGCGGUGAUGAACGCGUGCGGCUUUGACUCCAUCUUGGCGCUGGUCUGCAAGGACUCUGGUCAGAACAAGGCGGACCUUCACCUGUUCCAGUGCGACCGCAUCAAGGCCCACUUGAUCCACGCCGACAUCCAGAGCGCGCUGACGGACGCCAAAGGAGGAAAACCCAAGAAACGACCGGAUGUCCUCAAGAUGAUCCUGAAGAGCGACGGUGAAAUCCCGCCUCCUCCCGCCGCUCCCGCCCCGGAACCGCCGUCCGGUCCGGAGGACGCCGAGAGCCGCGCGGACGUCCGGUCGGCCCGGAACGGUGGACGGCGGACGACGACGGCGUCGGAGGGCGGCGCGGCGGCCGUCGUGGACCGCGACGUGCAAAUCCUGAACCGCAUCCUGGACGACAUCGAGGCGUUCGUCGGCCGACUGCAGAAGGCGGCCGAGGCGUUCGGCCAACUCGCCAAACGCAAGAAGAACAAGAAGAAAAGUCCCGGAGAGGGCGUGCUGACGCUGCGCUCCAGACCGCCGGAUGAGAGUCAGUUUGUGGACUGUCUGCAGAAGUUCAAGUUUGCCUUCAACCAGCUGGGAAAACUGAACGGUCUCAUCCAGAACCCGAGCGCGGACGAGCUUCUCCACUUCCUGUUCACCCCCCUCAGAAUGGUGGUGCGGGCGUCGGGCGGCGCCGAUCUUGCCCGAAGCGCGGUUGUCCCGCUGCUCACGCGGGAGGCCAUCGAGUUCCUGCACGCCGCCGGCACGCCCGAGGAGCGCCGCCUGUGGGUGACGCUGGGCGACGGCUGGACCAAGUGCAGGUUGGAGUGGCCCAAGGAUCACGACUUCCCGCCGUGCCAGCUGGUGUUCGCCGACAGUUGGGAGCCGCCGGCGUUGCCGUCUCGGGACGAUCGUCCGAGUCGGGAGGCGGGAAGUCCGGCCGACGGCGAGCGUCGCUCGAGACGGGAAGUCGUCACGCCGCAGACGGACGAGAUUCUGGAGCGGGACGUCGCGCCCGAGCACGCCGCCGGACGCCAACCGAAGCAAAGCAAACUGUUUGCCAAAUCCAAGUACGACUUUGUGGCGAGGAACAGCACCGAGCUGUCGGUGCUCAAGGACGAGCUGGUGGAGGUUGUGGACGACAGGAAGCAGUGGUGGAAGGUGCGAAACGGCGACGGCUCGCUGGGCUACGUGCCCAACAACAUCCUGGAGGCCACCGCGCCCGCCGUGGACGUGACGGCUCGCGGCCAGGCCGUCUACAGCCACACCGUACAGCUGAUGAUGCCGCGGAAGGAGUUUGAGAUGUUCAAGCAAUUACUGGGAGAGCUCAACGAGUCGGCUCGCCGCCCUCAGAAGCAGACCGGCGGCAGGACGGAGCGCCUUCCCGACCGAGCCGCGCCGCCGCCCACGGCCCCCGCCGGGCUCCCCGCACCGCCGCCGCCCCCCCCCCCCGCCGCCGCCCGCCACAGAAACCGCCGAGCCGGCCGCCGUCGCCGAGCGCUCCGUGAGCCGCCGUGACAGUACGGCCUCGGGCGAGGCCGCCAGAGACGGCGGCGCGAGGACCCUCGCUGACCGCAGGAAGUCCAACAUGGAGGACGUCCAGGACGAGCUGCUGCACAGGCUGACGUUGGGCCGCGGCGCCCGCAAGAAACUUGCCGUUCCGUUCCGCCAGGCCGCGAACGUUCCCGCCGUCGGCAUCACGUACGAGUCGUCGC